AUGAUCAUCGUGGUGGUCCUCGAGUCACAAAGAAUUCGCAGUGAGGACCUUCCAUCGCGGGACCAGCUGCGUGCACUGCGGCAGGAUGCAAGUCUGUUCGGUAUCAAUGUGUAUGGGAGUGCGCCGGUGGCAAAAGCGCUACUCGAGAUUGUCGACUACAAUUUGGAAGCGUACGAUGUGAUGCGAAGCGCCUAUUACCUGUAUAGCCCGUACCGACUUCCGUCCUGGAUACAGCUGAAGUAUUUUCUUAAAGCGGCUGCGCUUGCGGAGACGGGCCGUGGUUCA